AUGGAAGAUGAUUAUGAUGAUAUGUCCUCACCACCAAUGAUUUCUUCACCAAGUCAACAACAACAAAUCCAGUUGAAUUGCGAUAGUGAUCUGGAUAUGCAACAGUGCACUGUGAUGGCGGGCGAGCAGGAGUAUAUUGUGUUCUGCAUCGACCUGGACGAGGAGAUCAACUCAAUCUUCAAGCAGACGAAUCCACGUCUCGACCACAUCAAGAAGGCGUUGUGGUUGUUUGUGCGCAGCAAACUGAGACUGGACCCAACGACCAAGUUUGCCAUUUGCAUACUGCGCGUCUCUGCAAUAUGGUACAUGGACUUUACCGGUGAAAUUGCCGAUAUCAAGUCCAAGUUUGAUGGACUCAAGCAUGGCGGUCGUUUCACCGCCUUUGACAUGACCACUCUCUUUGACACACUCGAUUCAACAUACAGACAUAUCGAGAAAUCCAAACACUCUCAGACUACGAUGGUCGAGAGAGCAUGGAACAUGCGCGUCAUAUUCAUAUACUCAAGAUCAGGCACUGUGCCACAAUACUUUGGAGGAUCAAACAGCCUCGAUUCCCUCAAGAAGCAUCCAAACUUCCAGUUUGAAUCAAUAUAUAUGUACCAUCAUUAUCACGUCGAUCACUCCAAGAUCGUCGAGGCCAUCUCUCAGGCCACAAAGAACAUCUCCAAGAUAUCCGAUCAAUCAUCGAUCAGAAAGUUCUACUACUGCUUCUUGGGCAUCCUCUUUGUGCCACCCUCACAGCGACCCACCACACCCAAAUACCAGCGCUUCCCCGUUGGCCUGAUCAAUGAGAACCUGGACAAGCUGACCACAUCUGGCAAGAACCAGAGCAACAAGACACCACAGCCUCCCGUCAACUUCUAUGCGGCUCCACACGUCGCACCCUUCAUCCAUCUUCCACAUCCAACCCAACCGAACCAGCAUAUCCAGUUGCCAACACCACAGAUCGUGUUCCAACUCCAGGCCGCUGCCCAACAUCAAAUGCAACAACUCCAAGCCCAACAACAGGCCCAACAACAGGCAGCUCAGCAGCAGCUCCUGGCACAGCAGCAACAGAUUCAUCAUCAACAAGCACAACAACAACAGGCUCAGGAGCAAGCGCAGCAGCAGCAGUUGGCCGCUCAAAUUCAAAAUGUUGAGCAGCAACAACAGGUUGAUGAGAUGGAGGUACAAGACGCAAACAACAACAACAACAAUGCAGCGGCAGCACAAACAAUUCCACCGACGCCACAUCCAACUCCAAUACCAACACCAACACUUCAUAAUAUAGCCAACACGAAUGUCAACAAUGUAAAUGUAGUAGCACAACAGAACCAACAACAACCACCACUGCAGCAGCAGCCUCAGCCACUUCCACUGCAACAACAGCAGCAACAGGCACCACAUCAACAACAACCCGAACCAAUCCAACAACAACAACAACAACAACAUAUAGCACCAAUGAUCGCUCAGAUCCAACUCCCAAACCAACCCGAGCCACACAACCCAACCUUCUCGGUUCCUGUCAUAUACUAUCCAUUCGUCCAGUUUAUCCAGAAUCCAAACCAACCACACCAGCAACAGGCAAUGACUAUUCCAAUCCAACUGCCACCCAACCUGAUGGGCAUUAUGGAUCCCGCCGCGAUGUUUGCCCAACAGCAACAACAACUCAACAGUCAGCAACAGGCACUGCGAAACUCGCAGGGCAAGACAGGUCCAUCGCUGCGAUCGUCGCUUGACAGCGACAUUGUCGCCAGUCCUCCAUCGUUGGGCUCGAUGAUGAAGCCCUAUGUCAACAGCGCAGAGUUUAGCGAUGUUAGAUUCCUCGUUGGAAAGACCAAGGAGCAUGCCGGCGAGCACAUCUAUGGCCACAAGAUGAUACUGAGCGCGAGAUCCAAGUACUUCAAGGCACUGUUCACCAAUGGCAUGCGAGAGAGUGAGAAGGGAGAGAUCGUCGUCCCAGACGUGUCCAAGGAAGUGUUCCUGGCGCUCUUGGCCUACCUGUACACAGACGACCUGGCUCCCCCAACCGAGACCGCGACUGGCUCCACAACAAGCACUGGCCACUCCUCCUCACUGUUGACCGAGCUGCUGAUCCUGGCCAACCAGUUCCUGCUGGAUGGUCUAAAGGUCAAGUGCUGCGAGCUCAUUGGCGAGACACUGUCCACCAACAACCUGGUCUCACUGAUGUCGCUGGCCAGCAUACACGAGGCCACCGAGCUCAAGAAUGCCUGCAUCUAUUGGUUCUACACCAACCUGCCACAUAUAUUGCGCGAUUGCUGCUUCGAGAACGACAACAACAACGAUGGUGCCGAGUCGCUUGGCUUCCUCAUUGUCGACUACUUUAGCAAGGUGUCCAAGCUCUCGUCGACCGAUGGCAAGUCGGACGACUCCAACAGCAACCCAGAGAUCAACUCCAAGGACUUUGAGGAAUUAGUCUCCCUCUUGUUCUAG